CAUUUCACCCAUUCAAACCUCUAGCCUGCGCAGUAUCUCUUGCCCGUGUAGUUCACCGGUACGCGAUCACGCAUUUAGGAACCACAUUAUUCGUGAUUCGGGAAGCAGGGUAUCCUACUAAACAGAGGAUAUAAUAGUGAACUUGUUGACCGGAUUUUAUAUAAGAAACGAAAUCUACGUUCACCUAUUUAUCCACCCGGAGUAGUAUAUUCGUUGCUCACGGACAUGGCAAAGGCAUGCAAACUGUAUGUCGGAAUAGUCACAGCUUUGGCCCUAUGCAAAAGCUCUCUGGCUGAAUGGAAUGCAACUGAGGAGCCGGCCAACAAGAAUGUGUCCCGCUAUCACCACGGCAACACAAACAACUUCACAGACUCAAUAGAAACUGCAACUCAAGCCAAAUGGAGCGGGCAUUUCACCAAAUGUCCAAAGGAGUUCAGGAAUUACUGUAUCCAUGGGUCGUGCCGCUUUGUGAAGGAACAGAACACUCCUUCGUGCAGAUGUGAAAAAGGGUACAUUGGGUCCAGGUGUGAGUAUGUUGAUUUGGCCUGGCGUAUAGGAGACCAGAGGCAGAUCAUCAUAGCCUGUGUGAUAGCAGCGUUGGUCUUCCUCAUACUGCUCAUCAUAUUCAUCUGCAUCUGUGCACAUCGACAUAAACUUUGCAGGCGGAAGAGGAGAAGAAAAGAGGAGACGAGGAAUGGAACAGAGAAGUUCAAUAUGAUUAUGAUGAACACAAAUGGAACGCAUGAAGCAUCAUCAGAUUCAGUAGAAACCUCAAACAUCAAUGCAAUAUGAUGCGCGACGGGGUCUAUAAAUGGUGUUCUCCUGCCGGACGGGAUGAUGGCCUUGGUUAUGAGUGAACGUUGGAAAGAGAGGGUGCUUUAACGUCACUGAGGAGAUACACAAGCCUGUACUCUCCAGCUGCUUUUCACUGCCGACCAUAGUCUACAAUAUGGACAGUAUGGACUCUGUUCUGUGCAGAAAUAUAGUACAACACAGAGACUGUCACCAUGAAUCCACAGAGAUCGAUCAACUCAAAACAGUAUCUCCCUGUGCGUUCUGUAAAUGUGAUAAUGUGAUGAAGUUGCCCUUUAUAGACUAAUUUAUGCAAACAAAAUGUGAAUGGUCAUCAAAUCACAGUAAGUUAGAGUUAAACCUUUUUUAAAGUGUAUGUAUCAUGGACACUGAGCUCUGAAGGAGUAGGCCUUUUUAUGGACUGUAACCACCUCUUAUUUGGGCAUAGAUUUAAUGAUUAACAUGUAUUCAAGCUAAAAGUCCAGGUAUGCUUACUCGUGGAUGUGGCGUGUUAUAAUGAUGACUCAUGGCAUGUAUGUGGGACGGAUUAUACUAUGUCUAAUGCAGGUAAAUGAUCAAUAUAAUAAUUAGCUGGGUGCUUACAUUUGCUCUAUUGUACACGUGUAUUGGAUUUUUUAAAUAUAUAUAUUUUGCGUAUCCCACUCCCCCUGAGAGUGGGGUCACAGCCAGGGAUCCACCAUUAUUGACAGAAUCCCUGGAGCAAUUAGGGUUAAGUGCCUUGCUCAAGAGCAUAUCAGCAGAUUGUUCACCUAGUUGGCUCGGGGAUUUGAACCAGUGACCUUUCGGUUACUGGCCCAACACUCUUGGGCCAGUAACCGAAAGGUCAUAGCUAGGCUAUCUGCCGACCCUGAUGUCACCUUAUGUAACACACUGUGGUCCAUUUGACAUUCCUUGAACACAUGCUAUUAUAAUGAUGUUAAUAUUGUUAUUAAGCUCUAAUAGUUUCCAGCAACUGAUGUAUAUACAUACUGUAUAUUGUUACAUGUAAUCAAUGCAGAGCCUCCUUCUAUGGGCCAGGGUUGAUGUUACUGACUUAAAUUGGAGGGUGCCCAAAUGUGGGUGAGAAGUAUACAACGAUAACUUGUAGUGAGCACAUUUGAUCUUUAUAUUUCGAGACAUGUAGUCUCCUUGCUACCCGAACAACCCUGCCUGUGUGUUCAUUUGUGCAGCUGUAAAGUAGUCCACUGUUGAAGAAGAUUUUGGGGUUUUCUCAGCAUCCCAGAGUUUCACAGUGUGGAUGCAGCCUGUCGCUUCUUCAGCUAUGCAAAAGUUAAACAUUUCCAUUAAAACGUAUUUGUGCAGAUA